AUGGAUAUGCCAUUUCUGAAACUGCUAUCCCAUUUUCUGCUUCUCACCUUCUUGAAUUUCGCUUCCACUUCUGAAGCAGACAGUCCUGCUUACGAUGACCACAACUGCACAACGCAUAAAAACUUCGCUUCCAAUAGCCCCUACCAGUUCAACCUUAACACUCUUUUAAUUUCCUUCUAUUCCAUGGCCGCCGACACUAACACCACUCCUGAAUUCAACAACACCAGAUGUGGCAGCACAAACACGGACGACGCCGUAUAUGGAGAGUACAUGUGCCGAGAUGACGUCCCCACUCAGAUCUGUCGAGAUUGCGUUCAGGACGCCACAAAUAGAAUAGCCUCGAUGUGUCCCUACCGGAAAGAGGCAAUCAUCUGGUACGACGAGUGCUUCCUCCGCUAUUCCGACCGCUCUUUCUUCUCCACCCUCCAACAACAGCCUGUUCUUAACAGGCCAAGCAGCAGUUGUGAGACUGUCUACGAACGUUCUCCAUCAUGCUUACGAUCAGACAUCCAAAUCGGAGGCUUGAACAAGACAUUGAAUGAUGCGGUGGUGGAGGCAGUGACAUCAGAUACCAAGAAAUUCGCAACAAAAGAAGCAAGGUUGAGUACUGGAGGAUCGGUAUACACUCUUGCAGAGUGCACGCCGGGUCUGUCCCCACAAUUAUGUGGUGAGUGUCUACAUGGCCUGAUAGAAGAUAUUCUGAAGGAGAAGGACCACUGGAGUGGUGGAUUUCUUAAUCCGAGCUGCAAUUUGAGAUUCGAAAGAUACCGAUUUUAUUAUAAGGACAACCAGCCUCCCUCCAGUGGUUCUACCUUUCAAGGGCUUGGAAGUCCUAUUCUUGUAGGCUCGGACUGCUCGACCACCGAAAGUUUUACUGCCAACGAUCCCUACCUAAACAACCUCAAAAGUCUCACUCUCGAGCUCUCCAUGUCAUCCAAUGACACCAAAAGCAAUGGAUUCCACAGCACCACAGUCGGAAACAAUUCCGACACUACCGUCUACGGCCUCUUCAUGUGUCGGGGUGACGUGCCCGUUGGGCUCUGUAAUGAAUGCGUCAGUAACGGAAUUGAGGAACUGAAUUCUACGUGUCCCUCUUCGAAGGAGGCUAUCAUUUGGUAUGACAUGUGCAUGCUUCGCUACUCCAAUCGCUCUUUCUUCUCUACCCAAGACACACAACCUAUAUAUACAGCAGUUGCUGGGGAUAUGCUUGGAAACCAAACAGAUGGCUUCAAUCGGCUAUUAGCUGCUACAUUGAGUGGUCUAGUGAAGGCGAUAUCAAACUCACCGCCCGUAGGAGUGAAGAAUUUUGCAACAAAAAAAGAAGUCAGCACUUCAGAGCUUACAACUUUGUAUACUCUUGCACAAUGUACUCCAAACCUGUCUAGCCAAGAUUGCCAAAAAUGUCUACAGGAUGCUCAGGAAAAUAUGACGUCAUGUUGUCUUGGGAAGCGAGGAGGAAAUGUCAUGAGUCCUGGCUGCAACUUGAGGUUUGAAUCGUACCGAUUUUAUGAUGACAGUAAAAGUGCUGUUUCGAUGCCUCCUGCAUAUCCCCCGACUCCCGAAGUUCACAUUUCGGGAAAUACAGGAAAAGAUCAGGACCACUCACGAACAAUUAUAACAGCGGUGUCCCUUACUGUUGUCUCAAUCAUGCUUUUUUGUUUCGGCUUCUAUUACUGGAAGAGAAAAAAGAGCAACAGUUACAAGGCCAUUCUGAAGAAAAAUUUCGGAGCUGAGGGAGCCACAUUAGAGUCAUUGCAAUUCAAUUUGGCAACAAUUGAAGCUGCAACAGAUAAGUUCUCACUUGAAAAUAGAAUAGGCAAAGGUGGAUUUGGAGAAGUCUACAUGGGCAUUCUUCCCGAUGGUAGCAAAAUAGCUGUAAAGAGAUUGUCAGAAAAAUCAAGUCAGGGCUUAUUAGAGUUCAAGAAUGAGGUUUUACUAAUUGCCAAACUUCAACACAGAAACUUGGUUGCAUUAUUAGGAUUUUGCUUGAAAGAUCAAGAGAAAAUACUUGUCUAUGAAUACGUUCCUAACAAGAGCCUCGAUUAUUUUUUAUUUGGUUCGUCCCUUCUGAUCAAACUGGGUUAUAUGUCUCCAGAAUAUAUCAAGUUUGGACUAUUUUCUGAGAAAUCAGAUAUUUACAGCUUUGGAGUCAUUGUUUUAGAAAUUAUAAGUGGAAAGAAUAUAUCUUCUCAAUGUGAAUCACAUGAAUCUCAAUAUGCUGGUGGACUCUUAAGCGAUGCCUGGAAGCAUUGGAGGGAUGACAAUUUGAUAGCAAUAUUGGAUUCGAAUCUGACAGAAGUUGGAUCACACAGUGAAAUAAUCAAAUGCAUGCAUAUUGGCUUGCUGUGUGUUCAAGGAAAUCCAGGAGUUAGGCCUUCCAUGAACAAAGUUGUUCAAUAUCUGAGUAAUGAUUCAGUUCAAUUGCCAAUUCCUCAAGAGCCAGCAUUCUUCAUCCAUAGUCAAAUGGAACCAGCGGAAACCAGUAGGUCAAUGGAGGCUCAACUUGCCAACCAUAAUCAAUAUUCCAUCAAUGAAAUGUCGGAGAAUAUAAUAUCUCCUCGCUAG